UCCGUAGUUACUUUUUUAUUUAUUAUCAGAGCGAUUCAUUGAUGUGGAAAUCGAAGUGGUUAACAGAGGAUCCUAUAGUGAAAGGUUGAACAUUAAGAAAUUAAAAAUUUUUUCCCUGUUGCGUUUCUGUACGAAAACUCGGAGAUAAAAACAAAACGAAAAUCGGCAAAACGAAGACAAACCGAAGAUGUCUUCGAAAUCGGCAUCGGUUACCAAAGCUUCGGAAAAAGCUGCAAAACCAAAGUUUGCCAACCCAAAAGCGAUAAAUGCACAACGAACUGCGUCAAGGAAACGACGGCAAGAGACCUUUACUUUAUACAUCUAUAAAGUCUUAAAACAAGUUCACCCAGAUAUUGGGAUUACGUCAAAAGCCAUUUCAAUAAUGAACAGCUUUGUUAACGAUGUGUUCGAGAAAAUUUCGGCAGAAUCUUCUCGCUUGGCCUACAUUAAUAAACGAUCUACCAUCACGAGCAGAGACAUUCAAACAUCUGUGCGUCUACUCCUGCCUGGGGAAUUGAGCAAGCAUGCCAUCAGUGAGGGUACGAAGGCCGUUACGAAGUAUAUGAAUAGUAAAUAAAAAGAAAAUUUUAGUAAAAUAAAACCAACUUUCUUUCUGGACUUGUUUUUUU